GGCGCCGCCUCCUGCUCCUCCCGCCGCUGCCCUGAGUCACUGACUGCGCAGCUCCGGCCGCCUGGCUCCCCGUGCUGGCCAUCGAUAUUUGGAGUUCUUAACAACAUGGCAGACAUUGACAACAAAGAACAGUCUGAACUUGAUCAAGAUUUGGAUGAUGUUGAAGAAGUAGAAGAAGAAGAAGCUGGUGAAGAAACAAAAAUCAAAGCGCGUCAGCUGACUGUUCAGAUGAUGCAAAAUCCUCAGAUUCUUGCAGCCCUCCAAGAAAGACUUGAUGGUCUGGUAGAAACACCAACAGGAUACAUUGAAAGCUUGCCUAAGGUAGUUAAAAGACGAGUGAAUGCUCUCAAAAACCUUCAAGUUAAAUGUGCACAGAUAGAAGCCAAGUUUUAUGAGGAAGUUCAUGAUCUUGAAAGAAAGUAUGCUGUUCUCUAUCAGCCUUUAUUUGAUAAGCGAUUUGAGAUCAUUAAUGCGAUUUAUGAACCUACGGAAGAAGAAUGUGAAUGGAAACCAGAUGAGGAAGAUGAAAUUUCGGAGGAGCUGAAAGAAAAGGCCAAGAUUGAAGAUGAGAAAAAGGAUGAAGAAAAACAAGACCCCAAGGGAAUUCCUGAAUUUUGGCUGACUGUUUUUAAGAAUGUGGACUUGCUCAGCGAUAUGGUUCAGGAACACGAUGAACCUAUUCUGAAGCACUUGAAAGAUAUUAAAGUGAAGUUCUCAGAUGCUGGCCAGCCUAUGAGUUUUGUUUUAGAAUUUCACUUUGAACCCAAUGAAUAUUUCACAAAUGAAGUGUUGACAAAGACAUACAGGAUGAGGUCAGAACCAGAUGAUUCUGAUCCCUUUUCUUUUGAUGGACCAGAAAUUAUGGGUUGUACAGGGUGCCAGAUAGAUUGGAAAAAAGGGAAGAAUGUCACUUUGAAAACCAUUAAAAAGAAACAGAAACACAAGGGACGUGGGACAGUUCGUACUGUGACCAAAACAGUUUCCAAUGACUCAUUCUUUAAUUUCUUUGCCCCUCCUGAAGUUCCUGAGAGUGGAGAUCUGGAUGAUGAUGCUGAAGCUAUCCUUGCUGCAGACUUUGAAAUUGGUCACUUUUUACGUGAGCGUAUAAUCCCAAGAUCAGUGUUGUAUUUUACUGGAGAAGCUAUUGAAGAUGAUGAUGAUGAUUAUGACGAAGAAGGUGAAGAAGCGGAUGAGGAAGGGGAAGAAGAAGAUGAAGAAAAUGAUCCAGACUAUGACUCAAAGAAGGAUCAAAACCCAGCAGAGUGCAAGCAGCAGUGAAGCAGGAUGUAUGUGGCCUUGAGGAUAACCUGCACUGUAAUAGCCUAAACACAACUAUUAUUUACUUACAGCCUUAUGUUUUUGUAUUUUCUUGGUAGACUCAGUAAUUUUUUUAAAAGGAAAGGAAUUGAUAUUUUACAGACAAUUUUGUUCUACCUAGCAUUUUAACUUUAGUUUUUCUGCCAGAUAUGUUGAAUGCAGCAAUUCUCUCACACAUUUUCAUUCAUUGCUACGUAGUUUGGUUCUUCUGGGGUAUUUUUAUCAUGUAACUAUUAGAUACAGCUAUGAAAAUAAACAGAACUGUUAAAUGAAACAGAUUUUUUGUUUUGCUAAUUUUUUUCCUGAAGAACCAAAAUAUUUUUUCAUCCGAUACUUAAGUGGAUUUAAGUUUGCUUCCACUAGUUUUGCCUUUCAUUACUUUGUUUUAGAAAUGCAGUGCCUAUACUAACUAAAACAAUUCAUCAUUUUAAAAAACAAACUGGUUAAGACAAGUCUAUGGUUAAGAAUUUCCAGUAAGACCACAUUCAUUAAUUUAGAUUGUUCGAUGAUUUUUAAUAUUUUGGAUGACAUAGUUAACUAUAAAGAAUCCUAACUCAAUUAUAUGGUUAUUGGUUACCACAGGGAGGUGAAUAAAACAGUAUUUUCAGAAGCUAAGCUUUAUUUUUUUAACUGUACUUUUACAUUUAACCUCCAUUAACUAAGCAUCUCUUCUUUGUGGUAGGGUCUACCUUCUGCUUCCCUGGAAAGGAUGAAUAUUCAUCAUUUGACAAGUUCAUUUCAAGUUUUUUGUUGUUUGUUUGCUUCCUUGUUUUUGUUUUUGCAGUCUAAAAUAAAAAAUGUCAAAUAUAAUUUUAAUUCUUACAAGAUAAUGUCUUAUAAUUUUGUACUAAUUCAGGCAGAAGUGGAGCCCUAGCUUGAAUUAAGUAUUGUACCCAGUUAUCAUCAUAUUGAAGGAAAGGGUGCCAACUUUGGAAGCAGUGUACUGCAUCUAAUGAGAAAGUGCAAAUAAAACAAAGACAAAUGAUGUAAUUUUUUUUUUUUUUUUUUAAAGAAAGUUUAAGUUAAGUUUAGUUUUCUUUGUGGUUAGAAUGAGAGAGGGCCCCAAACCUCUGGUUAAUUCCAAUUCUUAUUGUUUAAAGUAUGAGUAUGUUGUUUACCCAUGCUUCUGUUUACUAUGUAUUAAAAUGGGUAGUACUGUUUACUUAACUACCUCACAUGUGUUAGGCAUAUUAAGUUAAAGUAUAUGAAAUGCUUCUCAACCUUAUUAAAAGCUUAAAAAGUUGGACCUAUUUGCA